GUGAGUAAGCUGCGGAUGCAGAAGACCAACCAGACCCAGGUGCACCUGGAGGACAGCCGCGUGCGCAUCAACUGCUCCGUGGCGUCCCAGACCAGCUCCGACUCCCAGCAUGCCGUGCUGUGGUACGUGUGGCGGGCGGCGGGCGACGGGCCCCACGAGCUCCUCCUCCGCAUCGAGCGCUCCGGCGCCUUCGAGUACGGCGCCUACGCCGAGGAGGAGCGUCUGCGGCGCCGCGUGCAGGCCGAGCGGCUGUCGCCCCGCCUCUACGCGCUCACGCUGAACCGCGCCGAGACGGGCGACUCCGGCACCUACUACUGCCUGGUGGAGGAGUGGCUGAGCGACCCCGACGGCGCCUGGUACCGGCUGGCCCGCGACGCCUCGGGCUUCACCCAGGUCUCCGUCCGACAGCCAGAGGUACGGCUGCAGGUGGAGGAGGCGGAGUCCAACAUCACGGUGGCGCAGGCCGGCUCCAUCCGGCUGGGUUGCAGCAUCCCCUCCCAGUCGUCCCGGGACUCCCGCUUCUCCGUGUCCUGGUACAUGGAGCGCUCCUUCGCCUACGGCGCCGAGGAAGACGAGGAGGAGGACGAGGAGGAGGACGGCGGCGGCGGCGAGCUGGACGUGGGCGAGGCGGCGGAGGCGGGCGGUGCCCGGGGCGAGCGGCAGUGCGUGUUCUCCAUCGGCCACGACGCCGUCUUCGGCAACGGGAACUGCAGCCCGGCGGAGGACGACGGCGGGCCCGACUCGCGGCUGCAGUUCUCGCGCGCCUCGCUGGAGCAGUACGGCCUGACCAUCCAGCGGGCGCUGCCGUCCGACGCCGGCCGCUACGUGUGCCACGUGGAGGAGUGGCUGCUGAACCCGCGCAACGCCUGGUACCGCCUGGCCACCAACCAGUCGGGCUUCACCGUGGUCAACGUCAUCGAGCAGGAGUCCAACCUGCAGUCGGUGGUCUGCGCCAACGACUCCCUCUUCUACUUCGUCUUCUUCUACCCCUUCCCCGUGUUCGGCGUGCUGCUCGUCGCCCUGCUGUUUGUGCGCUACCGGAGCCGCGGCCACGGCAAGAGCCAGGAGGGCAAGAACGGCGCCCCCUUGCUGUGGAUCAAGGAGCCGCACCUCAGCUACUCCCCCACCUGCCUGGACCCCCCCGCCCUCAGCCUGCACCCCGGCUCAGUGGACUAG